AUGUCAUUCUGGGACCAAGACUGGGACCCAAACCCAGACGCCUCUCCUCCUGAGGAGCCACGCUUCGUGAAAUCGGGCAAAUUCACCCACGACGGCAAGCAGAUCAAAUACGACGACACGGCUCGAGCUGACCUGCGCGAGAUCAAACGUCCCAUUAGCAAGAGUUCAAGCAAGCCAUGGCUGAUUGCCCAGUUGUCGCUCUACGGUAUAGCUCAUAAGAAAAGUGACCCUGUUGCGACAAUCAGAGAUGUUUACAGUCAAGCAAUCAAAGCUAAAAAGUUCGAAACGCCCACCCCGGAAAUGCAGGCUUUUGAAGCGUCCCUGGCCGAGAAACGCAAGCAACAGUUGAGAGAACACGAGGAAGCUGUCGAAGCGUGGAGGAGAAAUCAAUUCUCGGAAAUGGCUACACCUGCCGACGAAGCUAGGUUAAAUACUAAUAUGUUUCUCGCCAAGUACUUUUGCACAGAUAGGAAGCCAGACAGGACGAAGCAGAAAGAUCCUCUUAUUCUAGAGGCGCUCCACUGUUCCUAUGGCGAGCACCUCGCUGAAACCGCCCAGCGCAUUCCAGGUCUCAAGGUACAUGUCACAAAUUAUAUCUCUGUUAUUGGCUGGGAAGGGACCCUUGAUGGAGCUAUAGACGCUGCAUUCGCACGACUGGUGCCUCUCGGGAAGGAAUGUAACUUUGACUCACUCACUGAGGAGGCACGAUUCGACGUCAAUCGCUUUAUGCAGAAGUAUUUCAUGCGAGAGGGAACGAAAGACGUCCCUGACACGAGCAAAACUGGGAAGCCUCUCAAACUAUAUUGCUCCGAGAAGGAAUCAAACAAGCUCUCAGAAGCCGUGAGGCGAGUCCCAGGUCUCCAUACAGGAUACAUUUUUCCGUACAUGUUCAUCGGCUGGGAUGAAAGAGAAGUGGCGAAACAAGUCCAUAACAUCAAGAAGGAACGCCUCAGAGAAGAAAUGCAAGAGAUGGCCGAAGAAGAAGCAAGAGAGGAAGAGGAACGCGCUGCGUUCUGGAAGCCUCACAAGGACUUCAUGAGCACCUUCACUACAUCCCCAGGGCCUCUAACCCUCAACGACCUCACAGGCUCAUUCCUUGCCCACUGCCCGAAAAUCGACGAGGAUUGGGAUCACAAGGACCUAGAGCUUCACAUUCAGCCGCCGUCCAGUUCUGACGCCCAUGGAGUCGUCGCCGCAUUUCAUUUUGGGGUGAUGCAUGGGACAAUGCUACUUGCUCUAUCAGAAGACGCCCUCCACACCUUCGCCGAAGAGAUGGCCCACGACGACCCAGACGACGACACCACUGAUUCAGAAAAUGAGUGGGCAGGUUGCUACAACGGCAACAAACGCAAAGCAAAGACCAUGUCAGCAAGCCAACCACAAGCCAUCCGCAGACGCCUGGGCGAGAUGCCUAAGCCCAACCGCGUAUAUUUCCGUUGGGCCGGUAUGCAAGAGGACACAGGUGACCCUGAGGGCCACACCGAGAACCUCGAGAACUGCGGCUACCUGGACUUCGAGCCCUCCAAGGCCGUGGGCCGUGGGAAAUGGGUGUGGUCCGAUAUGUUUGGGACAGAUAAGAAACUUGACUUGGAGGUUUAUAAGGUCUCUAAUGAGGUGCAAAUGGGUGGGCGCUCCCUGUGCAAACACCUUGUUCCUUGGUCACAUUGGGGAGAGGCAAAAUUUUACAAGUAUAACAAGAAGUGGGGGUGCGUUUCAGCCCGCCGUCAGUGGGCCGCCGUCACGACGUCGUUCCCCGUUCUGCUUCUUCGCUCCCGGUCGGCAGCUGGUCCUGCGUCGGUAUCGCGUUUCUAUUGCUUGAGCUCCUCUUCUUCGUCUGCCUCUGCCCCUCCACUUGUUUCGCUCUCCUCUCCUCUCCUCUCUCUUGACUUCCGCCGCUUCGCCUCCAGCAAGAAGAAAAAAUCCAAGAUGCCUCCCAAGAAGGCCGCCGUCCAAGAAAAGGUCCUCCUGGGCCGUCCCGGAAACAACCUGAAGAGUGGUAUCGUUGGUCUCGCCAACGUCGGCAAGUCCACUCUCUUCCAGGCUAUCACCAAGUCGGGCCUUGGUAACCCCGCCAACUUCCCGUAUGCCACCAUUGACCCUGAGGAGGCCAAGGUCAUCGUUCCCGAUGAACGAUUCGACUGGCUGUGUGAGCAAUACAAGCCCAAGUCCAAGGUUCCCGCCAACUUGACCAUCUAUGAUAUUGCCGGUCUAACUCGCGGUGCCUCGACUGGUGCCGGUCUUGGUAACGCUUUCUUGUCUCACAUCCGUGCUGUCGACGCCAUCUUCCAGGUCGUCCGAUGCUUCGACGAUGCUGAGAUUAUCCACGUCGAGGGUGACGUUGACCCUGUUCGUGACUUGAUCAUCAUCAGCGAAGAGCUGCGGAUCAAGGAUAUCGAGUUCGUCGAGAAGGCCCUUGAGAACUUGAAGAAGCAGACGAGACGUGGUGGACAGUCUCUGGAGAUGAAGAAGCUGAAGGAAGAGGAGGCUACCACUGCCAAGGUUCUCGAGUUCUUGCAGGAAGGCAAGAACGUGAGACACGGUGACUGGAGCCCUAAGGAGGUCGAGGUCAUCAACCCUCUAUUCCUCCUCACAGCUAAGCCUGUUGUCUACCUUGUCAACCUGAGCGAGAAGGACUACAUCCGCCAGAAGAACAAGUACAUCCCCAAGCUCAUGGAGUGGAUCAAGACCAACUCUCCUGGAGACUCUAUCCUUCCCAUCUCCGCUUGCUUCGAGGAGCGUUUGACCCAGUUCGAAACCGAGGCGGAAGCCGAGGAGGAGUGCAAGAAGCUUGGCACCAAGUCUGGUCUCCCCAAGGCCAUUGUUCAGAUGCGCCAGGUCCUCAACUUGGCCAGUUUCUUCACCACAGGUGCUGACGAAGUCCGCCAAUGGACCAUCCGCAAGAACACCAAGGCGCCCGCCGCCGCCGGUGUCAUUCACGGUGACUUCGAGAAGACUUUCAUCCAAGCCAUUGUCUACAACUACAGUGUGCUCAAGGAGCUUGGUGACGAAGGCGCGGUCAAGGCCGCUGGUAAGGUCAUGACCAAGGGUAAGGAUUAUAUCGUGGAGGAUGGAGACAUCCUUCUGAUCAAGGCCGGCGCUGCCCGUUCUUAG